AUGUCGUCAGAUACAAAGCCUAUAGCACCCGAGGCGUUUUCCAUUGCCAUACAGGAGCUCACGGACGACAACUUACAUUCUAUACGCAGCCAGUUGCUCCUUUCCAUCUCAAAGUUGUCGGAAACUAACGAAAUGUUGAAACUGGAAAUUGAGAACGCAGACUCCACCGAUGAAGCUCGGGCUGAUGUAGCAUUGUAUGGCGAGACCAUAGAGGAAAAUAAUGAGGUGAUACGGAACCAGCGCCAGCGGGUGGAGAUGUUGGACACGGAAUAUAAAAGGCGAGGAAUAGAAAGGCGAGAAAUUUAA